GGGAGGCGUGCGUGUUUGCAGCGCGGCGCUAAGGCACACACACCGCUGACAGGUGCGGCGCGAACGCGACACAUGCUGGGAAACAAAAGUGAGACAUUGGGGGAAAGUGAAAAUGGAAAACUUUCCAGAUGCCAGGUGGAAAAUGAUAUUAAAGCUGUCAAAAUAAGUCACAACAAAGACUGGGUUUUCUCCUAGACUAACAGGAGUCAUGUUCUGAAGAAGAAUGGAGGUUUCAGCUACAAGGCAGAGUGUCAUAAAUGAAACAAUUAUGAGCACUGGAGGUUAAAUUUGAACCUAUUUGUUUUGGGGUUUUUUGCUUUGCUCUCUUUAUUUUUCAUUUUUCUCUUUCAAGUGCACUGCAGCAUUCCUGAUUUAUUCUACAGUUUGUGGACAGGUCAAAAAUGUGUAAAUAAAUCCCACUGUCAUUGCUUCACAUAGUUAUCUAUUCUGGGCCUAAUUCCAAGCCCUGUUAAAUUGAUGGCAUUGGAGGACUGCAGUUUAGAACCUGUGAUGGAGGUGCAAAGCAUCACCAGAGAGGAUGGAUAAAAAGCCUCUGCAGCCAUCCAAAGUGAGUUUCUGAAACACAGUAAAGGAAGCAAACCUUGAACUACAUUCAAGGUCAAAUAUGCUUUAUGUAUAUGGUAAUGGAGUUUCAAAAAAAUCAGCUCCACCUAACACACAUUAAACAUCUUAAAUAUUAUAAAAGACAUUAUUCAGAUUGACAACUGUCAAUCUGAACAGAUAACCCAGUAUUUUUCUUUAAAAAAUCAGCUGCACUGUUUAUACUUGAGUGAAAAACUGCAGAUCAGAACAAAGUUUCUUAGUGCAGUCAAGGAAAUUUACUCUGCUGAUUGAGGAUUUUACUUGUCCAUGCACUGUUAGAUUCUUAUCAGUAAUUUAUCUGCAAUUUUGUGGCUGAAUUUUGUUUCUUUUUGUAAUGUUACUUUAGCACAAGAAAAUGUGCCUAUGUUAAAUUCCUUUUGCUCUUUUGAAAUACUCCUAACAAACAAUAAUUCAUUUUGAAUGUUUACCCCCCCAAAGUAUAAUUAUGACUUAAAAUAUAAAAUACAUCUCUAUCCUUUCGUGACAGACUUUUCAUGCAGGCUGUUGAUGUGUUAGAAGGAACCAGACUCCCAGAGGAGUGGGUAGAAGCUUGAUCGCAGCUAGAGAUAGACAAUGCAGCAGCAGUAACUGGAGACUGUUCACACAACACACCAUAAUGGCCAUUAUGGAGCUGUUAACCUCUAGUGUGUCAAAACCUACUCAGAAACUGGCUGAAUUCGUAAAUUGCUGAUCCAAGUAGUUCCUUUAAAUUCAGCAAAACAUGAACUGAAGGGCUAUUCUGCAUUUGAGCUGUAAAUCCUUGGAAAUAUCGGUUAAUAAUGGAAAUAAUGACAGACCUUUACUGUAGCUGCAUGGAUGGUGCUGGUAUUAAUAAUGCAAAAGUGCAAGGCAGGACAGCUCUUAGAAGUUGAUGACUGCUGAAGUGCAGAAAACCUCAUUAAAACAACCUAAAGGAUGGUGUACUAUUAUAACAACUUUUUUCCUACAGUGCCCUUCAACUAUCAUAAUUGCACAGUAUACAGAGCAACUUGAAAAGAUUUAGAAAUGUGUAAGAAGUAAAAUCUCUGGCCACAGUUACUGGCAGCCUAAUUAUGUGAAUAUAUUGUGUACUCUGCAUCCUGUUCUUUAGUUUUGAGAGCCUGUGGAUUUGUGGAUGAUGAAUAAUGUGGUGUCUAACCAAAAAUCAGCACUAAAUUGCUGGAAUAGAUAUUCAGCCUUAAAUAAUUGCUUUGGAUUUGUGUUGAUUCCAAGCAGUAGAAUAGUUAUGACUAAGCUGCAGUUGUUAAAUGUAAACAUGUUGUAUUAUUUUUGCAUUUAAGAUUUUACAGAACCUGUGGAUAGGAGUGGCUGUUGUCAAGGGUGUUUUUGGGAUUUUCAGUUGAUGCCUCUGAGGAUGAGAUCUGAUAACCUCACCUCAUCUGAGGGUAGUGGUGUGGGCUGCUGUUCGUGCUACAGAUAUUUCACAAAUGCCAGUUGUACUGGGUUACUGCCACAGAUAAGGAAAGCCACCACUUGGUUUGGGGCUUUGAUUAGUGUUUGGUAAUUCAGUUUAACAGGAUCCGGACCACAUUGGGCUGCAGUCUCUGUGCUAUGUACUGUACCCUGCAAUGCACAGAGCUAAUAUUUAGAGGUAAAGCUCCAAAUCUAUCAUCUGCACUGACAUAUAAUAGAGUAUUCAAAGUAAGUGGGUUUUAUAAAAUGUUUGAUGGCUGGAAAUUACUAGUCUAGAAGGGUACACAAGAUUAAAUGUUAAGUCACUCAAAUUGUGCAAGUUUACCUCAAAGACAUUUUCACAAUGCCUUUGGAGAAAGAGGCAUUUCAACUUGUUCUCACUGAAUAACCAAUCCUGGCCUAAGGUACAGUGUAACGAUGCUUAAACAUCGCUCCAGUGCCUCUGCAAAGCCACUUGAGCCAAUUUUGUACAACACUUCAGCGGCGGCAGCACCAGGCGGCCCUUGAGCGGCACUCAGCCCCGCGCUCCCGGCUGGAGGCUUUCCGCCGCAGAAACACCGCAAGUCCUUCAGAUAUUUCCCAAGUGGAGAAGCCCAUUGAGCUCAGCCCCUCGGUCUGCAGCCGAGUGGGAGCAGAAGGUUAAAGGCCUACAAUUAAGGCCCAGAUAUCUUCAUCUUUGCCAGCUCAGAGGGUGAGAAAACGGCAGCUGCCCUGACAGCACUUGCCAUGCAUGGGGACCGAGGAGCACCGGGCACCUGGAGCAUCGCGAGGGAAACCUCCGCAGGGUCGGGGCUUUGUGUUUUGUAGGGAAUUAACAGGUGAGAAGCGGCUGUUCCCCAAAGCUGCUACCCACGAGUGGGCUCCAGCCGCUGCUGAGGGAGCGGCACAGGGGGGCAGAGGCGGCCAUGCCGAGGUGCACGGCCGGUGCUGAGCCCCUUCCCUGCCGCCUCCCCUCGAGGGACAGCCGGGCCCUGGCCCCACAGCCCGGGGGGACCCGGCUCCCCGCGGGGGGACCGCCCGCAGUGGCCGAGAGCGGCCUUGGAGCCCCGGGCGAGGAGCAGGGCUGGGGCUGGUCCGAACGCCCGUGCUUUGCCCUCGUGUUGAACCUCGAGCAGGAGCGCUGUGCAGAGCGGGGCCCUCGGGCUGCAGCGGGAAGGGAGGCGAGGCCGGGCUGAGCCGAGCGGGGAGCGCAGUGCGUCCCGCAGGGCCCUGAUCGGUGUCCCGGGAGGGGCAGAAGGCCGAGCCUGCGGCCGGUGUGUGUGCGGGGAGCCCGCAGGGCCCUGCCGGGCCGGGGGCUGGGUGCUCUGCCUGCCCCCGGGCAUGGCCCUGGGCCGGUCGGACAGCAUCUGCGGGCUCCGUGGGUCGGAGCUGGCGCAGACCCAUACACUGCGAGAAGAAGGGCAAAGAAAGAGUGCGGGAAGCAAGGUGAGAGAGAAACCACUAGACACGCUCCUGAUGGAGGUACAACAACUGAGUCCAUCUGAAGAGGGGGAAGGAAAGGAAGUUUUUUCCACUGUUGGGGAAACAAAGAGUCAGAGCUGCAAAGGGGGUGAUGAUUUGUCAGACUUACUCAAUGAAAAUAAAGAGCAGGAAUAUCCAACUGCAUCAGAACAAACAGUUGUAAGAAAUCUCAAGAAUCUAAAAUUUGAGGCUUGUGCUCCAAAUCAGGAAAAAGGAGAAAAGAAAAGUUUCAACUGUUUCUUCUGCACAUUCACCUCAGUCAAGUUAUCAAGUCUUAGGCAUCAUUUGAAAACCCACUCGGAUGAGAAACGUCACGUGUGUCACCUCUGCCCGAAGGCCUUCCGUACAGCAGCUCUGCUGCAUAACCAUGUCAACACUCACACAGGGAACAAACCCCAUAAAUGCAGUGAGUGUGACACAGCCUUUGUGACCCGAGGGGAGCUUGCACGACACAGGAGGUACAAGCACACUUUGGAGAAGCCUUUCAAGUGCACAAUAUGUGAAUACUCCAGUGUAGAAGCCAGCAAGAUGAGGCGCCACGUUCGCUCGCACACGGGAGAGCGGCCCUACCCCUGCCACCUGUGCAGCUAUGCCAGCAAAGAUGCCUACAAACUGAAAAGGCACAUGUUAACUCACACAGGUGAAAAACGCUAUGAAUGUUAUGUUUGCCAAGCCAGAUUCACUCAGAGCGGUACCAUGAAAAUCCACGUGUUACAGAAACAUGGAGAAAAUGUGCCAAAACACCAAUGUCCACAUUGUAGCACUUUCCUUUCCCGAAAAAGUGACUUGGGUGUCCACCUGAGGAAUCUGCAUUCCUACAUGGAAGAGGCAGUGAAGUGCAGGGACUGCGAGGCAGCUUUCCACGAGCGCUACGCCUUCCUUCAGCACAGGAGGACUCACAGGAGGGAGAAAAGCUGCAGGUGUGCCCAGUGCAGCUGCACAUGCAACCAGAGUAAUAUGCGCAAGCAUGCUAAAAAUUGUGGAUUGGAGAGGGCAAAAACUGCUACACCCAGAAAAGGAAGCAAAGGCAAAAAUAAAAUCCAUGAGAACCCGAAGCGUGCUAAGCCAGAAGUUGCCCAGAAAUUAUUCCCAGAUGACUCUGCUGUGAAAAAUGAACAUUGUGCCAGUGAGAUUGUUCCUGUUUUAGAUGGGACAGAAACAGAAACUCCAAGGGAACACAGAACAGAAGCCACUCGUUAAAUGGAUCCUCAGCAUGAUGGACAAAUAAUGCACAAACAGACUGGUCUUCCUUGUUCUCAGUAGUUGUAACUGAGCAGCCCAAAGUGUGGAACUACCUCCAGUUAGAAGGGUGGAAAAGAUGCAGGUUGGAAGCUGUUGAAGCCCUGCUGUGCUCAUGUUUCUUCUUGCUGCAGUUUCUACCCUAAGACCUAAACACCAUUGCAAAGUGUGAAAGUUAGAGGCAACUUUCACCUGGUUUGUUACAUACAGGUAAUAACAGAGUGGCAAAAAUCAGCUGAUUUCAGAGUUAUUUAUUAAAGAAUAGAUUGGUUGUUUCCCCUUACAUUUGUGUUUUUCCAGCUUUACUCACAGGAUUGCAGACUGAUCUGAGGCAAGUUUAUCCCUCAGUGUCACUGAGAGCUGCCUGAAUUUCAGUGUCUGUAAUUUGCUGAGGUGAGCAGAUGAAAGGUGAUGAUUUUUUAGUACAAGGUACAUUUACUAAAUCUCCUUUCUGCAAACACUUUAGUUUCUAAUCGAAUUCAUGAUGCAAUAGAAUGCAUGACACAAUUCUGUGGAAAAGCACCAUUUUUUUGCCUCAUACUGCUGGUAAUUAGAAACUAAUCUUUUGUCUGAGUUUUUCUCAGCUCUCUGGGGAAACAGAACUGCAUGACAAAAAUGAAGCAGGAGCAGGGUGGCAGAGAAGUCUGGAAGACCCCACAUUCUGGGAAUGUGGAACCUUCUGUGACCUUAUGAUGACUCUUUUUUGAAUGCAGGUGGGAUCUGUUUUCUUUAACCAGCCUUGCAAGUGUUCCCUUGUAAGUUUGUGAUCCUCCAUUUAGCACCAGAUCCAAACCACACCCACGACUUGGAUUUUAAUUAGAUCUUCAAGAAAGCACAACUGUGUUAUUUAGGAAAGUUCAUGUUUAUGGUAUACUUAAAAAUCAGAAAAUAAGUAUCAAAUACAAAUAUCUAACUUUCCUUAGGUUAUAAGAACUGCUGGGUUUAACUCUUAAUAAUUACUAGAGUCAUUACUGUAAAUACUAUUAAUUUUUAUGAUUCAUUACAAUGAUCACAAUUGCCAUUUAUGCACUGUUCACACUUUUUUUUAUAAUUUAUAAUUUAUACUUGUAAGCCUCAUAAAAUCUUAAAUACUUUUUAAAUAUUCAUCUUUAAUGCUGCUAUUCUUAUGUUACAUUUCAUUAUAAAUAAUUACCAGCAUAACUAACAAAUAUUAAUAAUAUUAGGUCAUGUACCAACUGAAAUGAAUUGGAAUGCCAAACCCUCAUCCCAAUUUCAAGAUUAACAUCUGUGUAUAACUUUAUUAUGGUGUGGAAUUUGACCAGCAUGAAAUGGUUUGGGUUUGCAGGCUGGGCAGGCUGUGGUUGCAGGUUCUGCUGGUGUGGUCAGGGACAGAAUUCCUGUGCUGUGCACCCCAGGUGAGCUGCAGGCUCACAGCAACUGCAACUUUUAACAUUUUUUACUUUGAAAAAUGAAACAAUGAAACUUCAAGUUUUUGCCAGUUAGUUUAUUCACAUAGCAGCACCUUUAUCCUGUACUUGGUGACAUGUCUGCAUGUUCUAGGUAACUUCUUUAAUUCAGCAGCUGCUCUGUGACCCAAAGCAGUGCCAGGAGCUUUGUGCCACCAGUGUCCCCAGUAUCUCUGUGCUCAGUGAGCAGAUAAGGGAGGAUGUUGGGAUUAGCAGGAGAUAAUUGCAGUCUUAAAUAAAUAAUCCCAAUUAUAGAGACCACACCAAAGGCUUCACCAAGACCUUCAUCAAUCAUCUCAGUCAAGCACAUGAACAGGAAUUACCACUGUGGUAACAGAAACCUCAGUCAUUUUGUAGCAAACCCUGAAAAGUCAGAGGACUUGAAUUCAUUCACAUUCCUUAUUGAUUCUGUCCCUCCAUUACAGAUCUGUUACUUCAGUGUUUAUAAGGUUUCAUAUUGAUUGCUCUGUGUCUGUUUUCAUGCUGGUAAAAUUUCAGGAAGUUCAUUUGUUCUUACAAGUGACAGGACUGAAGAAUACUUUUGUUCAUUGUAAUCGCUUAAAUAAUAUUGUUAACUUUAUUCUUGUUGAGCUGUUUCCAUUUGUGUUAUAAAUUCUAAGCAGCAGAUUGCUUGGUUAAAAUUAAUUUUAGAAGUUGUUUAAAUUCCUUGAUCAAUUUGCUGAAUAUAUAUUGUUCAUUUGAAUUGUUAAUAACAAAGCUGACUCAUUCUGUGCUGACAUCUAAAAAUCAGACUACAUAGAGUGGAAUGUAGUAAUAAAAGAUAUUUUUAUCUCUGAACUUUCAAAUCAUUAUUUCAGUAGUUAGAAGUUAUGAAUGUGUCAUUUUGGAAAUCAAGAAAGAAUGCUUUGACCUCCUCAGGAACCAUUCCUAGUGGCCUUAUGCUUUUUAACAGCAGUGAUUGUUCUUCGUGAUUAAGAGUUUGCAUAACUAUGCAAAUGCAAAUAUUUGCAUCACUAUUCCGAUUUAUAUUUUACAAAGAUAAUUUGAUUUCAUUAUAUUACUCACAUAUUUUGGACCAGUAGAUAUGUAUCAAUAUCUUUGAAAGCAAUGCAUAUUCUGAACAGAUGCCAAAUUGAAAAUAUUUUAAUUUACUAAUUGUGGAGGAGUUGUUAAAUACACAGGAAUUAUUCAUGUCUGAAACAGAUAAUACUGGAGUGUUCUGUAGCAUUAUGUAACAGUGUUCUGAGAUAAUUCAGUUAUUUGGGAAAGAAGAGGAAACUUGCAUUCCAAGUUUCCUCUGCCAGCUGAAAUUGACUAUGCUUUAAAUAGUUAAUGUGUGAGGAAAUACA